GGCGUAGCUCGAUCAUAGGAAGCGAAGGAUGGAUGGAGCUCUGGGAUUGAUACUUGGCAUCUCAAUUGGCCUAGGAAUUGGGCUGCUCCUCGCCUGCGCGGUGUUUCUUUGCAUCCGGGCGAACAGGCGGAGGAUCGAGAGGAGGAAUUGGAGCGAGAGGAGCACGGUGGUGCUGCCCAUCCGUGUGAAUGGCGUCGACUCCAGCUCGGUGAUAUCCGAUUCGUCGACUGCGCCGCAAGCUCUAGCUUCCAAGGAGGCUGGCCUGUUUACUUCGUGGUUGGGUGGAAGAGGAAAACGCUUCACUGCCAUCAAUGCUGGGAUCACAAGAUUUUCAUACAGGGAGUUGCAAAAGGCCACUAACAAUUUUACGACGCUGUUGGGCCAGGGAGCGUUUGGCCCAGUGUACAGAGCAACGCAGCCUUCCGGGGUUGUGUUGGCCGUCAAGGUUUUGGCGUCAAACUCCAAACAAGGCGAGAGGGAGUUUGAGACUGAGGUGAUCCUUAUGGGACGAUUGCAUCACAGAAAUCUAGUGAAUCUGGUGGGAUAUUGUACCGAGCGAGAGCACAGGAUGCUUGUGUACGAGUACAUGAGCAAUGGCAGCCUUGCAGACCUUUUGAGCAGCAAGGAGCCCCUGAAGUGGGACUGGAGAGUUCGGAUCUCCCAAGAUAUUGCCAGAGGGAUCGAGUACUUGCACGACGGGGCAGUACCGCCCGUGAUCCACCGGGAUAUAAAAUCCGCAAACGUUUUGCUGGAUUACUCAAUGCGAGCGCGCGUUGCUGAUUUUGGACUCUCGAAAGAGCUAAGUGACGACGUCGCCGUAUCGGGCUUCAGGGGGACCUUCGGCUAUAUCGAUCCGCAAUUCAUUGCCACGAAGACAUUCACGGAGAAGAGCGACGUGUACAGCUUUGGCGUCCUGCUGUUCGAGAUCAUCACGGGACGAAGUCCACAACAAGGACUCAUGGACUACGUCCAGUUGGCAGCGAUGGACAGCGACAGUGUGGGCUGGACGGAGCUGGCCGACAUCCGGCUGGACGGGAAGUGUAACUUGGACGAAGUGGCGGCCAUGGCCUCGAUCGCCCACUCGUGCUUGGAGCCUCUCCCGUCCAAGCGACCAAGGAUGCGAGAGGUCGCACAGAGCCUCCAGCUGAUCGGUAAGAAGCGAUUGCUCGUAACAACAGAUCCAAUGCAGCCGCGAGACCAAGCUCUCGAUCAUCAACGCCACCAAGAUCAUGGUCCGCAAGAUCAUCGUCACCAAGUUCCCUACGGUGCUCAUCGCGGUCACCAGCAGCAGCUAAAACUGGAAGCCGGUGUAAAUGGAAAUGGGCUUCCCAGAGGUGAAUGGAGUAAACCAUUCCACCAACAAGAGCACGAACCAACAGACCAACAACAACGACAACAAUAACGAAAAGAACUUCCUACUGUAAGAUAAAAAAAAAUGCUUUGGGGUGAGAGAGGCUCGAACUCUCGACCUCAGGAUUUCCCAGAA